CUUAGCUGUGUCCUGCAUGUGUGUGCAUGUGUGUGCGUGUGUGAGCGGGAGUGUGAGUGAUCCCCAGAAACCAGCAGCAGGAUGGAGGAUCUCAAGGAGAAUCUGGGAACUUUGGAUUGACGCCCGGGGAUAACGCGCAGACGGCCUGAACCUCAUCGGGCUUCUCGUGGAUUUAUAUAUUUGGAUGUUGUCCGUUUUACCCUUUUACCUUUUACUUCUAGGCAGCGGGAUUUUACGCUUGGCUUACAACCCUUAUCAUCUUUGGCGUGCAAAAUGCCAUUCGCCAAAAGGAUUGUGGAGCCGCAGCUUCUGUGCAGACACCCGAUCCCCAAUGAUGAUGGUCUGCUUUUCGAGGACCUGUGUGCCAUCAGUAAUGUGGUUCUUUCCCGGACCUUGCGACAGCUCUCCGACCUGGCCCGACACGCCUGCUCCUUAUUUCAGGAGCUGGAAAACGACAUCAUUAGCACCAACCAACGGGUCUGGGUCCUCCAGAAUAAAAUAGGCCAAAUACAGCAGACUGCCAGUGCCCUAGACCCCAAAAAGGAGGCUGUGCCGGUGUCGAACCUUGACAUAGAGAGCAAGCUGUCGGUUCACUAUCAGGCUCCAUGGCACCAGCAGCACAACGUAUUUCAUCCUUGCACCCGACCGCCGUGUCUGGAGGAGCUGCACAGAAAUGCUCAGCUCAGUCUCAGAGCUCUGCACCGAGACGAACAACAGCGGCAGCGGUCCACGAGUCGGGAGAGAAACAGGGUGACCAUCUCUAUCUCAGUGGCGCCCCCCAUGCCCACCUUCCCUUCGCCCCACACCAUCCGGCGGCAACAGAGGAGUCGCCUGGCAAGAGCGCAAGAGAGAGCAGAAAGGGAGCAAGACUUAGACUACCAACCCAGGAAGGAGAGGCCUGUGAAAGAAUCAGAAAUCCAGACCAUACAGAGAAAAGAGAGGCCAAGAGAAGCAGAUGUUCAGACGAUCCAAAGAAAGUUUGAGUGCUUUUACUCGCUUCACCCUAUUGAAAGUUGCAUCUUCAUUCCAUGGAAUAGAAAGGCUACCUCUACAGGGGAAGGUGAAGGCAGUGAGGUCUUGGGAAGCAACAGAGCCCAAGCGUCAGCCCCCAGUGCCCCUUCAACCCAGGAUAAGCAGACAAACUGGUCGAAGGAAAACGUCCCACCAUCAGAUCACAAGUCAUCUGGCGAUUCUCAUCCUAUCUCUUCCUGUAUCAUCCCGAUCAAUGUCACAGGAGUUGGGUUUGACAGGGAAGCAAGUGCUCGAUGCUCUCUAGUCCAUUCUCAGUCAGUUCUUCAGAGGAGAAGGAAGCUAAGGAGGAGGAAAACCAUAACAGGAAUACCCAAAAGAGUACAGCACGAUAUGGAUUCCGAUGAAUCACCCGUGGCAAGAGAGCGCACAGUGAUUAUCCAUGCCAAUCCACAUCAACUCUCGCUCUGUCAGGAAGAACUCUCAGUCAGUGGUCGCCUCCAUCACACUCGUGACUCUGGCUGCCAGACAGAUGAUUUUCUUAUAGCAUGUACAGCUGCUCCCUCCAGAAGGCGUAUUAGAGCUCAGCGAGGCCAUCAGGGAAUUCCUGCCUCUUUGUCCCAUUCAACAGGAAAUAUUUCUUCUCUUGGUGACCAGUCAGACUCAACAUACACCACAGCCACAUCCCAUGGUGGGCGAUUGCGCUCCCGUAGCCUUCCACGAGAGGGUGGACGCCUGAUGGAUAGUGAUGAGGAUGACGAUGACAAUUAUGACGAUGAUGAUGAAGAUGAAGAAUUGUCACCUUACGAAGCAGAGGACUUUAUUCCAGCUGGCCCCAGUCCAAGAAUGAAGAUGAUGAUGAUGAAGGAUGAAGAGGAGAGCACAGAUGACCAAGCAGCUCCAGAGCCACUACAACUUGGAAGCCUAAAAAGGCUGCAGCGAACUGGGGAGAGAGACAGAGGAGGUGGAGGAGGUGGAAGCCCAGAGCAUAGCUGGAUGGAGAGGGGUCGUUCACGGUUACCACGCAAGGCUGACAUGGGCAGCUGCGAGAUCUCGUCAAGCUCAGAUACUUUUAGUAGCCCUAUUCAUUCAGUGUCUACAACAGGAGUCUUAGGCAGCCAUGUGGAUCACAAAGAAGACCACCAGUCAUCGAGCGGGAACUGGAGUGGUUCUAGUUCUACCUGCCCCUCACAAACAUCUGAAACCAUCCCGCCACCCUCUUCUCCACCCCUGACAGGCUCAUCCCACUGUGAUUCAGAGCUGUCACUCAACACCGUGCCCAAUGCUAUUGAUGAGGGAUUCUCUCUCGAUCCCUCAUAUCACUCUGACCUCAGACCCCAAGGCCAGGGUCACAGAUCAAGCUCAUUCACAUCCUCAGCCACAGACCAGCUGGAUGAUGCAGGGGUCAGUACAGCCAGUGAAGGAGAAUGGACAUACCCUCCAGACCAAGAUCAGACUGACCAAGAUCAAGACCCUGACCAGACCCAAAACCUGAGCCAGAGCCAUGGGGUAACCCAAGAGUACAGCUCUAAACAUAGCCUUGAAGACCAAGCUGGCUUCAGUGACAAAACGAGCAACACUGAAACAGAGCCUGGCUCUCAUUACCCAUCUGAUACAGAAGGUUUCUAUUCUUCUUCUGUGCAUAUCAGAGAGUGUAAUCAGAGUUAUAGAGGAUACAUGUAUAACUAUGCAGACCAAGGGCCUGACUGUGGUCAGUCCAACACUGUGGCAGCACCACUAUCACAUGGAGUUUACCCUGAGCCCUCAGCUGACUUCAGAGCAGGCACUCUAACCCUGGGGAGGACAUCUCGUUCAUUGAGGAAACCGAAAGUCAAACCUCCACCACCCAAACGAACCUCCUCGCUAAAGGAACCCAGUGGUAGUGUUGAUGUCGGAACGGACACACAGGCAGAUCAGGAUCAACCAAAGAUGGUUAUUGAACAGGAGCUUACCUUGUCUUCCACAGAUAUGAAGCUGGAACUGGACCUAGAGCUUGGAGUUGCUCCAGAACCAUUACAGACAUCCUGUCUAGUGGCAGAGCCUUUGGGAACAUGGGGAAUGGGACUUGGGGAAACUGUGGACAUAGUAGAGCCCAUGUCUUUCAGCUCUGCAGAUACACACUCAUUUAAAGAUGAAGGUGCUGUGCAAUCUGACUAUGCAGACCUUUGGCUUCAUAACAGUGAACUGAAGUCCAACAAUGGUGAGUACACAUCCAUGUCCAACUCAAGCACCGCCACAGGCACUACUGUCAUGGAGUGUAUCAAGUCACCAGACAGCUCUUCCUCUUCCACAGAAACCCAAACCCAGGCUCCUACCCAGGCUUCAGACACCGUCGCAACUAGUUCACCACUCCCACCUGAAGACUUCAAACUAGGGUCUCCUGAGAAACUGGCUGGUCUGGCCUCACCAUCAAGUGGUUAUUCCAGCCAAUCAGAAACACCUACAUCAACCUUGCCCACAUCUUCGGCAGCAUUUUUCCCAGGACCAUUGUCUCCUUCAACUGGCAAGAGGAAGCCCAAAGUGCCAGAGAGGAAGUCUUCUCUCGCUUCCCUGCAGCAUUUCCCCAGAGAUGGAGCUUCCAUUUCCUCUUGCUAUAAGAGAGACCCAGACUUUCCACCUCCACCUUCUCAGCUGGAUCUCAGUGUCCUUCAUGGUGGCUAUGUCAGACACACGUUAUCCCACCGGACUUACCACAUGCACACAUUGCACCAUAGCAAACACAGAGCUGCAAAUGUUUUAGCCAGUGGCACAAAGUUGUUGGCUCCUGAAGCAUCAAAUACCAACCCACCACCAAGUUCAAACCCUACAUUAACAAUUCCUAGUUCAAAUCUGUCAGCGAUAACACCGUCUGCUCUUCGAUCAGUGCAGCUUCAUUCUGUUAGCCAAUCUGCAGAUCAACAAAUUACUUACACUACAGACCAGGAAACACCAAGUGUAACAGAAACUGCUACAAGACCCAAAUGUCCUCCUAGUGCUUCUACUCUGGCUCCGCCACCUCCUAACACUAGGCCUCUCCCUCCUCGCAGACCUCCUCCUAGACCACCAGGUCAUGAGCGCACCUCCUCCCCUGAGCAUGCACAACCAACUCCUCCCGGCCGUCAUCCUGAUGGGCCUCCAUCUUAUGAAAGCCUGCUACUUAGACAGGACCGCUAUGGACCUGGAACUUUCUGGGCUAUGACUGCCUUCCGAACCCGAAUGGACCCAUCAUCAGACCUCUCUGAGGACAGCUCACCUGUGCAUCGACCUGUCCCACGUGCUCCCCAUCCAUCUCCUGUGGAUCUACACACACAUAUCCAUUCUCAUAGAGAGUUCAGAGGGCUCACCCACUCAUCUCGUGCACAUCCUGAGUUUACGGUUUUAGGAGAACGCUCGUUCUCUCAGGAUGAUGAUGAUGAUGAAGAUGAAGAGGAGGAAGAGGAAGAGCACAUGAAAGAACCCCCUAGAGCUGUAUGUCCCAGAGGAGGUAUGCGAUCAGAUCAUCCUCCACCCCCAGCAUAUGAGUUUGCUGGGGGAUCCCACUCAGACUCAGGGCCCUGGGCUAGUCCAAUCAAAGUGCCUGGUACCACAAUGGAGACAUCGCAUUCUUACCUAAUCAGUGACCCAAGAAAAGGAGGACACGAAGAACAGGAAGAAGAGGAGGAAGUGACAUCAGGUGCUACCAGAAGUGCCCAGCAACAACAGCCACAGGAAAGCAAAGAUGAUUCCACGACUCCUGACACUGAGGAUUACUUCAGUAAAGGGAUGUUGUGUGCUACAGAUUCCACACCCAGUGAUAAUUCGCUCUCCCCUCUGACGGAUGACACCAAAGUGGAUGAUGACAUCAUUAUCACGUCACCCAAUAAGACCCGAACAACUGAGGACCUGUUUGCCAUGAUACACAGAUCCAAGAGAAAGGUCCUGGGUCGUAAAGAUUCUGGCGACUUAAAUGUUAAGUCUCGUCUCUGCCCUCCAGUACCAGUGACCCCCAGCAACGUGUCCACCGUCAUUAUCCCUCCAGCACCUCCUCUCAACAUUCCAGUUACCUUAGCCACUGCUGUUGGGUCACAACGAGCCCCUGUGCCAAUCUAUCGCAGCGCCAAGAAAUCAAGUACGUCGAACGAGGAAUUUAAACUAUUGUUGCUAAAAAAAGGAAGCAGGACUGAUUCCAGCUAUCGCAUGUCAGCUACAGAGAUUCUGAAAAGCCCUAUUACCCCUAAAACACCAGGGGAGUCUGUUCAGGAAGGGCCCAUUAGACAGGGAGAGGAGCCACCCUCUACGCUCCAGGAGACCCCCAUUUCUGGCCUCGACCCAAUCCAGAUACCAGGUCUUUUUCCCAGAGCCAACUCUGAGAGUUUUGCAUCGAAAACCCUGCCUAUGUCGGCUGCAUCUCGACAAGGACGUUCUCGGAUACCCCCUGUAGCCAACAGUAGUCGCUACAGUACACGCAGUCGCCUCUACACAGCCCCCAUGCAAGCCAUUUCUGAAGGGGAGACCGAGAACUCAGAUGGGAGCCCCCAUGAUGACAGAUCAUCCUAAAGCCACCCGAUGCGUGAUGUCCUCUAUUCUUAGCUGUGCCCUGCAAACGGCCCCUUCUACUUUUCUUGGAUGGCUGUGUCAUCGAGGCCAAUGG